AUGGACGCCCGAACCCUGGCUAUUGCUGGCGGAGUCGGCAUACUUACACAUGUCUUGUACUUUCGGCGGGGGGAGCAUCAUCUCUACCCAUGGCGCUGCGUUUGGCUUCAUCUAUGCCUCUUUAUGGCCAUAUUGGCUCGUUUGCACGUCAAACAGACACCGCGGGACCCUGUAUCACCAGCCGGUAUCCUCGAGCAGACAUGUCUGCUCGCAGUGGCCUACUUUACGGGCCUCUUCACCUCUCUCCUCUGCUACCGCACCCUCUUCCACCCACUGCGCAACUUCCCCGGCCCGCGCGCCGCCCGUCUCGGUGUGUUUUGGCUCUCUCUGCGCCUCCGCAAGACGCCCACCUUCCGGUACCUCCACCAGCUGCACGAGGAGUACGGCCCUGUCGUGCGAAUCGGUCCCUCCGAGGUCUCCGUCAUCCACCCGGAAGCCGUGGCGACGGUCCACGGCGCACAAUCUCGCUGCACCAAGAAUGCAUUCUACGACAACGCCCACCCCAUGAUGUCCCUGCACUCGUGGAGAGACCGGAGCGCGCACGACCGGCGCCGCAGGGUCUGGAGCAGCGGCUUCGGCGACCGCGCGCUGCACGGGUAUGAGACGCGCAUUCGGGUGUAUCGGGAGAAACUAUUUCAGCGGCUGGAGGCCGAGACGGCCAGGGCGGGAUCAUCCAGAUCAGCUUCGCCGCCGCCCUUCGAUGUCAGCAAGUGGUUCACAUUCUACAGCUACGACAUCAUGGGUGACUUGGCCUUUGCGCAGAGCUUCGAUAUGCUCGACGCGCGGAAGAAUCAUUGGGCGGUGGAUGUGCUAAUGAAGGGGCUGACGGGGUAUCGGAUGCUGUGGCCCAGCUGGUUCUUUCGGUUACUGGCCACGAUGCCCUCGUUGGGGCUGUCGAAGGAUUGGCAUCGAUUCAUCGAGUUUGCGACGGAUACGUUGGUGAAGCGGUUGAAUGGCAAAGUGAUGAUCCCCGAUGUCUUUGCGUCUCUGAUCGGGCCGUUAAAUGGCCGCAGCCCCUCUGAAGAAGAGAAGAACGUGCUGAAGGGAGACGCCAUGCUGAUUAUCACAGCCGGCAGCGACACAACGGCCACAAGCCUAACAGCCAUAGUCUAUGAGCUCGCGCGGCGCCCCGACGAAGUGUCAAAGCUUCUCAGUGAGCUGGACCCAAUCCCCGUCGACAGUAACGGCGAGUACCUACACGACAACAUCGCGAAGCUCCCGCAUCUCAACGGGUUCAUUAACGAGACCUUUCGACUGCACCCGCCAAUCCCGGCCGCAAUUCCGCGCAAGACGCCGCCGGAGGGGAUUGUGGUUCGGGAUGUGAGGAUUCCCGGUGGCAUGAAUGUAUAUACGCCGCAGUGGAGUUUGGGCCGGUCCAACGCUGCGUACGUUGAUCCCUCGACCUUUAAUCCCACACGGUGGUACAAAUACCCCAGCCUGGUGAAGGACAAAUCCGCGUUUGCCCCCUUUGGAAUAGGCCCGUACUCAUGCAUCGGUAAGCCACUCGCCAUGAUGAAUCUCCGGACUACGGUGGCGCGGUUGGUCAGGACCUUCGACAUAACUUUUGGGCCGAAUGAGGAUGGAACGCGGUGGAUGAAUGCUGCGGACGAUCACUUUGCUAUGGGGAUCGAGCAUAUGCCUGUUAUUCUUACUAAACGUCGGUAG